ACCACGCGUUCCAAUCCCAGAGGUGAGAUGCCUUCAAAAAUGCUGGUGAUUGAAUCCGUCCCCGCCGCCGCUUUCUGCGCCGGCACCUUCCGAUCUCCCGGCCGCAUCCUCUCUCACUCCGCCGCCUUCUUUAUUCGCAGUAGAAAUAGCUGGAGGAGCAAGGCGAAGAGCGUGACCGGAGUUAGGGCGACUGCAAAAGAUCAGUCCGGCUCGGAUUUCGGUCCGGUGAAGCCGAAUGCGAAGCCGCAAAGGUAUCAUCCGUCUGAGGAGAUUGGUGAGUCAGCGUUCCUGGAGAGUGGGGGAGAAGCUAUACUCACGCCUGCUGAGACUACUCGGACGAUAAUUGAGGUGAAUAGCAAGGCGACAUUGAUGUUCUCUGGUGUCAUUAGCGAGGAAGUUCAUGAGAAUAUUUUCUGGCCGGACUUACCUUACGUCACCGAUGAAUAUGGAAAUAUAUACUUUCAAGUGAAGAAUGAUGAAGACAUCUUGCAAACACUUACUUCUGAAGAAACUGUUGUGCAAGUCAUAAUUGGUCUAGACACUGCAGAAAUGUUAAGUGAGAUGGAAGCACUAGGUCAUUCAGAAAUUGAUUUUGGAAUAGAUGAGUUGGAUGAUGAAGAUAGUGAAUUUGACGAUGAAGAUGAUGAUGAAGAUGGAGAUGAGGAUGAUGACGAAGAGAAUUAUGAAAAGGAUUGGGUUUCCAUUCUUGAUGAAGAGGAUCAGGGCGAGGAAAGUGAUGGCUCACUGGGAGACUGGGCCAAAUUGGAAACAAUGCGAUCUUCUCAUCCCGUGUAUUUUGCCAAAAAGCUAGCUGAUGUUGUGUCAGAUGAUCCUGUAGAUUUUAUGGAACAGCCCGCUGCUGGCCUUGCAAUUCAAGGUCUUCUCAGACCUGCCUUUAUUGAAGAACACCCGGUCAUCCAAAAGCAGAUAUCUGGUCCUGAAUCCUAUGAUGUGGAUGCUGAUCAUAAUGACCAACAAUUUCAAGGACAUGUGCAGAUUAAUGGCGAAACACAUGACGAAGAUGAGGCACAAGAAAACCCAAACCGGGCAGAAAACUUGGAGAAAGAUGAAAAUGUGGGAAAUGGAUUUGCAUUUUAUAAGCUUGAGAUGAUUAAGAUUCAGUUAGUUUCUGCUCUUGGGCAUCAGAGUUAUGUUGAAAUAGAAGAUUUUGGAAGAGCUCAACCUGAUGCAAUAGCACAUUCUGCUGCAAAGAUCAUAUCCCGCCUCAAAGCUGGUGGAGAGAAGACCACACAAGCUCUUAAUUCUCUCUGUUGGAGAUGCAAGGGUAUUCAAGUGGAGGAAUGUGCUCUGAUUGGAGUGGACAGCCUUGGGUUCGAUGUAAGAGUCUGCUCGGGGAUACAAGUUCAGACAUUGCGUUUUGCAUUUAAGAAAAAGGCGUCAUCGGAGUAUAGUGCUGAGAGGCAAUUGAAUGAUCUGCUGUUUCCUAGAACCCAGAAAUUUCAGCAAAAGAAAGAAGCUCAACAAACUGAGACUUAACUUGUACAUUCUGUUUUCUUUCUUCCCAAAGUUGUACAGAGCAUCUAGUAUUGAAUCUCUUUCAUUUAUUAUUCCUUAACUGCAACAAGUUCAUAAUGAUGGAAAUUUGGUCUCGUUUUUGUUCAA